AUGCUCCAGAACAUCCUUUUCCUCGCCCUCGUACUUGCAAUUACAGCAUCAGCGGCUCCCCUUGACGACUCCAGCCACCUGAACAACGCCGCCUCGGAGCUCUUUAAAGGACGACAGAUCACCCCUCCUCCUUGUAUCCCAUACAUCAAAACAUUGAAGCACGGCGACGGGAACCCCAAGAAGAAGUUCUUACACAAGCAAGUAACCACUACGCACAAAUGCACCGACGGCCCAUGCGGCAUCGAAAAGGAGGAUAGCGAGACCUACACAAUCGAAUGGAGCGCCUCCAUCACCGACCCGCGAGGCUUCUUCAGCGACGGCUUCGCUGUCUCCGAAGCCAUGACCACGGGUGAGACGAAGGUCUGCAGCAACCGCGAUGGCACGGAGAACCAGUCGCUCUAAGUGUGGUGGUCGCUUGCGCAUACCGAGUACGAGGUCCAGGACUGGGAGAUGUCGGGGGGCGGAAGCUCC